ACGUCCAAAGAUCGUAGUUCCGUGUGUGUUGAUGAGUUGCAUCCUCCCUUACGCUAGUGGUCAACAUGUCCUCGAAGAGAACUACAGGCCAUGAGAAAGAUACGUGCGCUGGGCGCUCCUGCCGCCAACCAGGUACCUUAGCUAAUACAUUUAGGUCAUCACAUUCUAGGUUACGCAGUCAGCACGCGGGCGCGCAACCUCGUGAGGACCGGGAUGGGGGGACCACCAUCUGUGGCCCCAUCUUUGUACAAAAGGCUCCGACAACAAUCGGAGCCUGUCCGUGACCAAGCCCAAGCGGUGGUCAGCGAGAGCGAGCGGGGAGGCGGCCACCCUCCCGCGGCCGCCACGCGCGCGCCCGCCAAAGCCACGUACCGCAAUCCCGGCUUUCCUCACUGCCGAUUUCACAACACUGCCGUGGCGGGCGGUGAAGCAGCUCGCACUCAUGAUGCAGCUGGGCACGCGCAUGGACACAAACUGCGCCAUUCUGCCGGAGGACCUCCGCUACGAGCCCGGCCGCCUGCUGGUCUAUAUUCGCAAGGACAAGGUGCGUAGCAUGGAGAAGCGCACUGUGGCCAUCGGUUGCAACUGUGCGCAGGAGGGUAGCAACGUCGACCGGCAGUGGUGCCUCCUCCACAACGACGCGCUGCGACCGGUGCCCCUGCCCAUUCUGCUGAGCGAGUGGGGCGACGGGCAUGGCAACGCAAAGCAGAAGAAGUUCCUUCAGCUCAUGGGCUGGACGCAGCAGAGCUUCCGCCGCUACCAAGCGCUUGCAGCCCGGCACUACAUUGAAAGGCGAAUGCUGACCUUCGACCUGACCGGCUGGAUGCGGGGCCGGGGCUGGGGCAAGCUCAGCACCUUCCUGCGGUACUCCGGUGACUUCAGCACCUGGAAACAUUACUUUGCGGACCGCGCGAAGUGCAUGCCGGUGUUCGGCGCCAUCCGGCCGCAUGCCGUUGCAUUGGCGAAGCAGCUGGCCGCCGACCUGCGGUUUUCCGGCGACGUCGUCUUCAAGGAUGCAGCAGGCGGGAGCGAUCAGGAGUACAGCGGGUCGGAAGGUGAGCCGGGGAAGCCGGCGAAGCAGGCACAGGAGGGGCGAAAGCGCAGCAGUGUGUUGUGCGAGGAAGCGCUGGACCCAGUGGAAGACGAGCCGUUCUUCAGCAAGCGCGGGAAGUCAGCGGUGCCGAAGCCGCACUACCUUAGAGUGCCGCAUGGAUUGCCGCCAGGAGUUGCGCCAGCCCUCCAGUUGGCAAGCGCGCCAGCACCCUCCACGUCCCGGCCCAUGAAGACCAAGGCCGCGACGCACAGCAGCAGCUCCACCGCUGGAGCCAAACCCGUGGUCAACAUGUCCUCGAACAGAACUACAGGCCAUGAGAAAGAUGAAGUGAAGCUGAGUGCCGGGCGGUCCUCCUCCUCGUCCGCAGUCGUUAUGAGUGUGACGCAGUUUGUUCUUUUGUGUAGAGCUAGAGCCAGACAUUACACUUAGAAAACACGAAACAAGAACAUGCAGCAGGCACAGUCGUUGACGCGGCCCUCAACACUGCCGGCAAUUGUGAUUGUAUCAACUGUGAUUUUCAAGCCACCUAGUAAGUAGCGGGAGCACGUAACUGCCCCAGUGGGACCGGGAAGAUAGCGCGCGUCUAGCAGACUGGCCUUGGGCCUGCUGUCGACGGCUAGACGAAGCGGCGGAUCCCCGCUGGGUGGCAGUGAUGUUGAUGUGAGGUUUGCUGCGAGAUGAGAUCAGAGAAGGCUCGUAGUUAGAAAUAGCUUCGGUCUGGGCGAGUGAAACGUUAUCCAGAAUGUGCCCCUAAGACCCUAGCGAGAAUUUUCUUACCGUGACUCCCCUCGGGAUUGAGAACGUUAGCCCAGGGUAGAGUCUCGCGCUGCACUAAGUAUAGUAGUGCCGUGGCCCUCCUUAUAUGAAUAUAGUGCCCGCUCGUGUAGUUAGUAUUCCGCGUAUCGCCCUCCCAUAAUUUAGGUUUUGUAUGAAAGUAGCGACACCUGUGCGGAUCAGGUGCAGUAGAGAUGCUCGGCACGUAGCGCGACCGGGGGAGGUAGUUUGGUUAGUUUACUAGUAAGGUGAAAGGUGCAAUAAUUAAUCGACUCUCAGUUUUUUAAGAUGUAAAAAACCUCACAGCUCGCAGUUCUGAAAAACAGAAAAGUAAAAGAAAAGAAGCCGUGGAAAAAGUUCCUUAUGAACUUGGGCAAAAAAACGUAGCUUAAGCAGCAGGAGUUUGUAUGCGCUGCACCCAGCCCCGCCGAGUUACAUAAUCGCCCCAGAGGGUUAAGGAAAAGGCUAGCUUCGUCCACUAGUUGUAGGAAACUGAUACAAAUAGGUAGCUUAGUGGGCAUGUGCUCCUGCCCGGAUUGGCGUCCACACUGGCAUUUGGUAGUCGCGUGCCCGUGGUGCAUAGCGUUGCGUCGUUCCCUGCCCCGGUCUAGUGAGCCACAUGCGAAGAGGCCACCGCCAACCACCACCCCCCGAAGUGAAGUGAAAACAAUUUGAAUUUGAAUUUGAACAUCAUGUGUAUCUUUACCCCCGCCGACUUCUACCGGUCGGCCGCCUACGGCUGACCCAGUCAAAUUCAGUAUCAGUUGACCCACAGUUCAGGCACCCUGUAGAGCGCAGAAGUAGUGCUGUUUUUCCCACAUCUCUGUCUCGGUUUUUCGCACUUUUGAUCGCCUUCUGCGCGAUUGAUCUUACGACGGUAUGAGGUGACCCCGAAUUGCGCACAGCUCUCUACGAUUUAACUGUCUGCCCGUCUCUGAUAUAGAAUAAUCAACGCCGUACCGUCCUAAAUGCACAGCCACAAGUUUUGUCUGUCUUAGUUUUAUUUCGCAGUCUUCAAUCGUGUAGUAGUUCAAAAAUGUCGACUGCGUCAGCCUCGUCUACAACUAGCGAACAGCUCCAGAAGGAGCGACACCGCCGGGAGUUAGUUAAUGUCUUUCGGAACUGCUCGUGGUUUGACGAGCGGUACAUCCUGGCUUACCAGGCGACCGCGCUUCCUCUGACUAAGAGGCAGAAGACGUCCCUGCACCAGCUCCAGCAGCUGGAGCUGGAUAGAACAAGAGCGCAAAGAAUAGGUAACGCCCUAACUACAAUUUUAUUACUGGGCCUGUGGUUUCCUGCAGAGCAGUGCGGCAGAUGCCUCUGCGCGGUCCCUGGCUGGUCGGGGGCCGUUCACGGCGUCAACACAGCCCGACCGCCCUGUAGCCGGGGCUCGUGAUACGGCACUUACCGUUAGCGCGCGCCCGACGCCCAGCUGCACAACUCCCCCCGGGCUCAGUUGCGCCGCGUUUUUAGGUGGUCGACGCACUCGGCGAUAGGGUAAGUCAUGCGGCGACCGGGGAAUAUACCAAAUCACCUCGUGCGCACGCACGUCACACCCAAAAACAGCUUCCCGCGAGGAAAUUUCGAAACUUUAGGGUGCUGCCACGCGCAGCGCAAAUCGCGGGAAAGCAGCUUUGCGCGACCCGCAAGUGCGGGGUCUGUGUUCGCGCGAUGAGCGCCGUUGUGCCUGAUCUCAGCGCGAGGUCAUCGACCACGUGCACACUGAUUCGUAAGUCAGCUCGUACGAACAUCUAUUUCUUCUCCUUAUCGAUCUGUAGCAAAAAUUAACAUCAUGUGUAUCUUUACCCCCGCGGACUUCUACCGGUCAGCCGCCUACGGCAGCAUUGGCUUCGCCCUUUUCGCCGGCGCGCAAUCCCAAGCUGUUGGGUAUAGUGAGGCGGUUAUGAAGUGCAAAAGUAUCGUACUCGUAUGAAUGCAUUACAAAUUUCCUCAGCAUGAGAAAUCAAAUUUGUAAUGCAGAUUUGCCUUGGGAACAAGAUUUGUAAUGCAAGAGUUGCAUUUAUACGAGUGCGAUACUCUUACUGAGGAUAGCGGUGACCGGGAACACAAAUUGCGCCUAUCAACUGCAAAAAUGUCUGAUUCUGGAAAGUUGUGAUGCUAAUGUCCGAAUGAUACCCAACUACCUCUAUUAGGGAGCCGCGCAUGACAAGUUUCUGAGCGGCUAUGUCUAGCGUGAACCGCAUGACAAAUGGCCUUUUGGCAUGACAAACAGGUGGCACUGUAGCGCACCAAGCAUGACAGACCUUUCUGUCUUGUCGGCCAAGCAUGACAGACUUGCAUUCUUCCAGACCCAGACAUAUUUGCAAUACAUAGCGCCACUGCGCACACGAUUCUGUCCGGCAUGGCGGUGCCGGCGUUGAUUCUGGGCUACAUGUGCUACCACGUGUCCGUUUCGCUCGAUGCGGUACUAAAAAUGUCCUACGGGGACAUGAUCACGAGUCAGUCGGCCUACUUUACGAAAAUGAACGCGAAGGCGGCGAUCGUGAAGUCUUAUCCACGGAUCAUCAAGAUUCUGUUCGUCACGAUGACCCUGAUGACCUUUUUGUUCGUGGUCAUCGGCUUUCAGAACUGCGGCAACGCCGGCGAGUGCUACAACUCCGCGACUGGGGAAGGGUCGGAAACUGCGCCGAUGCCGACGUGGCUGGUGGCGCUGGACGGGUGUGCCAUUCCAGGAUCGUAUCCUGAGUAAAAACGUACCCACACCAGAGUUGUAAUGCAAAUCUGCAUGCUGAAAAUGUUUCUCAUGCGGAGCCCCAUGAGAAGCAUUUUCUAGUCGUGUUUUGCAAUUUGUCAUGCUCCAAUCAGAGUGGUAUGCUAGAUCUGUGAUGCUGCUGAGCUAGCUCAAACAGCACUACACUACGAAUCCAAAUUUGUCAUGCAAAACAGCCAAAACUUGUGGAUUUGUCUAGCCGAUUCCCCAUCUUGACCACGUUGUGGGUACGUUUUUACUCAGGAUAGAUCGGGCAACAUGUUUUACAUGGACAUGUUUAUCGCCGCGUCUUUAUCCUGAGUAAAAACGUACCCACACCAGAGUCAGGAUGGGGAUUUUGCAACACAAACCUAGGAGUUUUGUGAGUCACGCAUGACAAGUUGCACUCUGUAGUGUGGUGCAGGUUAGCAAGUGCAGCCGCGUCACAGAUUCAUCUGCUCAUCCUGUUCACAGCAUCACAAAUUCCAAAACACGGCUGGAAAUGGCUCUCAUGCGGAUGCGCAUUACAAGUCUUCCUGUCUUCGCAAAUCUGCAUUACAACUCUGGCGUGGGUACGUUUUUACUCAGGAUAGUCUUUCUGCUUCUGGCUGAUGAUGAGCGGACGGCGAUCGAGGCAAGAGCAAGU